CAGCGGCCUCAAGGCCUGCGGGGCCUCCAGCGCCAUGCCUUUCUUGUGCGCGCUGCUGGGCAGCCGACUCCAGCCUUCUCUGCUCCGCUGGCUUACGCUCACGUCCGCGCAAAGCCUAAGCUGCGGCGGAAGCAGAGGAGUCCGGACCUGGAGCGCGCGGACCGGACCGGGAGCGUGCGCUGACCCUGCGGUCUCUGUCUCUAAGAGGGCUCGAGCGGAAGAUGACGCUUCUCUGCGCUUCGUGCGGCUCUCGGAGCACGCUACGGCUCCCACCCGCGGGUCCGCGCGCGCUGCAGGCUACGACCUGUACAGUGCCUAUGACUAUACAAUUCCAUCCAUGGAGAAAGCCCUUGUGAAGACAGACAUUCAGAUAGCUGUUCCUUCUGGGUGCUAUGGAAGAGUGGCUCCACGUUCUGGCUUGGCUGUAAAGCACUUCAUAGAUGUAGGAGCCGGUGUCAUAGAUGAAGAUUAUAGAGGAAAUGUCGGCGUCGUGCUGUUCAAUUUUGGAAAAGAGAAGUUCGAGGUGAAAAAAGGUGACCGGAUCGCGCAGCUCAUUUGUGAGCGGAUUCUUUACCCAGACUUAGAGGAGGUGCAAACACUGGAUAACACUGAGAGAGGCUCAGGAGGCUUCGGCUCCACGGGAAAGAAUUAAAACUUUGCUUGAAGUACUUUGCUGUUUGAACACUGUAAACAAGCUUUAAUUUCAGAAGCAUUUUGUGUUCUAGGAUGUAGGAAAGGAUGCCUAUCACGGUAGAACUACUCUGUUCUCUAGUUGAUGGUUGCCUGUAACUCUGUAUCGUGAGAAUGGCAUUGACAUGCAGACUUGAUUACUAGAUAUUUUUUUUUAAUUUGGUGUUGUAUUUAAAUUAUAGUCCUAUAAGAACUGAUUUUGCUCUAAUUGCUAUAUUAUUUGUAUUUUUUUUUUUAUCCAAUAAAGUCAGAAGUCUUUAGCAGAUGAUUUUUACAUAAGCUGACUGAAGAACAAAAAAGAGGUCCAGUGUGGCUCAGGGCUGUAACAGCACUUGGAGGCUGAGUCAAGAGGAUUGCUGUGAGUUAGGCUAGCCUGGGCUACUAUGAGAUGCUAAGGAAGGGGGGCGGUGUGAAAAGAGACUCUGUUCUUUUCUGCACUGGUGCUGUGUGACACUGGGACUUUAAACUUUAAAGGUCUACUCACCCCAGAUUUUGAACCCACAAAAGUACAACUUGGUGAACUGGCGAGGUUAUCGUUCUGUGGGAGUGGGGCUGCAAACAGGAGCAGAAAUGACUCAGAGGUGUCACUGAAAGCUCACUCACCCAGCAUGGUGACUCCUGGUAAAGCCAUAAACCGUACAGCCUGAAAGCAGCUCUGUGGAUCUUAAGUGCCCCAGUAGGUCCUCGUGUGGGUAAUGGUGGAGGGCUUCUUCCCUGCAGUUCCCUCACAGUCCUACUGUCUGUGAAUAGAAAUCUUGAAGGCCAAACCAGUGUUGGUAUUGACAGAUUUAGGAGUGUCUGCAGAUAAAAUUGCAAGGCACGUGACCCUUCAAACAAUGUUAAUGCUGUAAUCUGUGGCCAGACAUUUCGGCCAUUUUCCGCUGUGUAAACGAAUUACACCCACCCCCACCCCAGGUAAUUGACCUGAUCAUUUUAGCUGAGAAAUGCACUCUUUAUCAUCCUAAAAAGAAAGAGGUUGGGGUGAGUAUCUUCCCUAAACAGAAAAUAAAAUAUCUUUGUGCUCCACA